GGUGCCUUGCCCUACAACAAAGAGCAUCAACAAUCAGGUCAGACCAGGCCAAGGUCUUUUUCAGGAAUCUGGAGCGCAGCGAACGAGAUAUGAUUUCGAGGAGACAACGAGGCCGAGGAUUGGGGAGAAUUAUGCAUCGUCAAAGAGGAGCACAUCGUCGCCCCAUUUCUUCUUCGUUUUUCAAUGGCAUGGACAUCUUUGGCUUUCUGCUCGCGUGGAUUGCUGUGGUUGCAACCAUAGCAAAGAAUGGGAAUGGGUUGUUUUGUGAGGCAUCCGCGUGGUCUUAUAUAUUUGGAGAAUCAGAAAUCCAGGAGCACGAGAACAACCACGGUGAAGUUCUCUCUGCAUCGGGAGAGGAACUCGAACUCGUCUCUCCAAUUGUGAAUCGCGAAAUCAGGGUUUCCGUCAAGGCACCCUGGCCUUCGUCAUCGAUGCACUCAGUCCUGUGUGAGGCCUUUUGCUUUCUGAAAGGAGAUUAUUCCUUUCUGGACGGCCUGGCGGUCAACCACGGCAGAGACCACCUGGUCACGUUUGAGCGUGCUACCGAGUAUGCUCUCGAACUGGCCGCUGGACUCGAAGACAAACACGAACAAACGCUUCGUUUGCUCAAGGUGGCGCUAACCAUGCGGGCAAUGGCCCCGACCUGCGAAUUGCAUCGAACAAUUGCACACGAUCGAUAUCCAGAACAUGUCGAUUUUUUGGAAUCUUUUGGAGUCAUCACCUAUAAGACAAUGGACGGAGAAACGGCCGAGUUUCUAGUGGAGACCUCUGCGAACAUUCCGAGAUCGCAUACAGAAAUGCCAAAACUGACCAAGACCGAACGAAACGCAUUGCUGCUGCCCGAUGAGGUCAUUCGACAGGGGUCCAAGAGGAUCGACGUGAGCAAGGAAGUGCACGGCGAAGACGACGACGAGAUGGUCACCGGAAUCUUCAUCUUGUACACCCAACUCGGAGGUCUUUCAUUUGCUACGUUUUACCACAAACUGAUAGAAAACAAAAUUCCUUUUGUGGUUCGGCACAUGGGAUCGGACGAUGACGAUCAAGCACACACGGUUUUGCAAGGUUAUGGAGUGCGACUCGAUAUUCGAAACGUUGAAUAUAAAGUCUUUGACGACGACAAAAAAAGGAGUGACGAAUCUACCCAAGACGCAAUGAUCAAUCUUACCAAGCUGGGUGCGUCCGAUGAUAUUGAAAUUGAUGACGAUGAUAGUAGUCAUCUCGAUGAUACUGCGGGCGCUUCCUGUGAUAGCAGCGACAGUGACACAUUUCGCCAAGAAAGCGUAAAAACAAGAUAUCCGAGAUUGACAACGCACUUUUUAGCCGGGAUUAAUCUCACGGCCUUGGAUUUAUCGGAUGAUGAAAGCGGAGCCCAUUCGUAUUCUAAGGAAGAAAUGCAGCGAGAAUUAUGGAAAUUGCACACACGGUUUGAACAGCACAGUCAACUCAUUCCCCCCACCUGGCAAAGACGACACUUAUCGAUACAAGCCGCAGCUGUCGUUGCUAAUUCCCGUCAACCCCUGAUAACCUUGCAAGAUGUCUCGCAGAAUCUCCCGUCCAUGGCAUCGACCUUAGUCCACGUGACUGUGCCAAAGGAUAUCAAUGAGAUUGCCGGGUCGAUGGAAUCUACCCUGCAACGACUGAUUAGCACCAGUGGGGGUGGCAUUUGGAUUAAUGGCAGACCUGUAAACAUAGAACGACCGUCCUUCAAUGUGUUUGAUAUGGUCCAGCUGCUACAAGAUGAAGUGAAAGAACUUGAGGAACUCGAACGUAAGUUCCGAUCAAUUCUGCCAUCGCAAAAUCUGAAGAACGCCCUCGAGCGAAUCCAAGAUGCGUUCAUUCAGGGCGAUUCAUUUUUUACCAGCAAUGACAAUGGGGAAGACAAUGGAAGUGCCGACAAUGAGGAGGCUGAUGAUCAUACGACAGAGGGCCUUUACAGGAUCGAUCUGGCCAGCGGUGACAAGGAUUCUGUGAUUUACAUGAAUGAUUUGGAAAAGGACAGGAGCUAUUCUUCGUGGGGCACAAGUGUCAGAAAUAUGCUCAUGGCUAUGCAGUACGGAAUGCCUCCCUCCAUCCGAAGAAACUUGUUUACAGUGUUGCUCGUCGUCGAUCCCMUAGAAAAUGAAACUGAAAGCUCGAACACAAACUAUGCAGAAGCUUUGCUUGGUCAACUGGUACAAGAGCAAUACCCUGUUAGAUCGGCAGUGGUAGCUGUAAGUCAGAAAGACAUUAAUACGUGUAGUCAACUUGUUUCAAGUGGCAAAGCAUGUGAACUACCUGCAGAUCAUUGGCUCAGCCAAGAAGACCCCCUAACCGUCAAUGAUCUCAAAGAAAUCAAAGCCACGACUCGAGACGUCCAUCGGCUUUAUGCGUACGUGCGGCAAGUGGUUGCUAGUAGCAAUGGCCAGGCAUCGGUAAUGUAUCAACUAUACAUGGGAACCUCUAUUCAGCGGGAGACUCCUAGUAAUGGAAAUUACUUUUCACUUUUUGAUCUGUUUAACAAACACAACGAGAUCCUUGUUGCGCUAAGAUUGACUCACGCAAACAUCCCGCUUGAAAAUAUCGUAGAAUCUCUUCGGAAGAACGAAAACGUCUCGAACUAUUCAUACGGGAAAGCUGUAAUGUUUGCCACGAACAAAGGACUGAAAACUGGCAUGAGUUUCAUCAACGGGCGACCGCUCCCUGCGAAUGAGGAUGACUCAGAAAAACUUCAAAUUGUAUUCAGCGAAGAACAACAGCUUGUUUUCAAGAUGAUUGUGGACGGAGAAAUAACAGACGAAAAGCCAAGAAACUUUUAUUACAAGCUUAUCAAGGGCAACAAGAAGGAUGUUUUUCCUAGAUUACAUCCUCUAUUGACAGAAGGCGGGAGUGCGAACGCUUUUCUAGACCUUGAGCAUAACUUUGGAACGGAUUCGCUCAUGGUUCCUAAGUUGAUGGGGAACGAUGCCUCAUACUUGGAUACCGACGCGACAUUUCUCUACGAGGCAUUUCUUGCCAUUGAUACACCGAAAGGUUUGUCUCUUGCCCUUGACUUUUUGAAAGCUAUGAAUACUCUAUCCAAAAAUGUUGGGGACACUACUAUAUCCGCAAGGUACCGUAUUCUUCCGAGUACGAUCAAUAGCGCCAGGACUGAUUUAUGCAAAAUACUCAACUCCGCAGGAAAACUUGGAUUCGAAAAAGUGAAAGAAAUUUUGCAAUUCAAACUUACUUCUCCUGAUGAUUCAAUCGACGGUUAUCGAGAAUUGGUUGAUUCUCGAUCUUGCAAUGACCUCUCGUACCUCCAGGAAGAACUCUCGUCAGAUAACUUUCUGACAGCCAAUGGAAGAGUGUACAACAUUGAUAACCCUUCCUUGAGCAUAACCGAUAUUGAGCUCUUGACAAGUUUGACCCUCCAGUCUACCAAGAUAGUGUCGGAAAUGAUGAAGUCUGAUGUCGAUGAAAUUUCAGCCUUUGAUGUUAUCGGGCGAACCACGGCAUUUUUGUCAACAAAGAAAAGUGAAAAAAAGAAAAGAUCGGAUCCAGCUGCUGUAAUAAAGGUUUUGGAAAAGAAAAACAAUAUUGUUAACAAUCCUCUCCGAUUUUUGUGGAACAGAAAAGAAAAUAAUGUUCGAGGGUCUUUGCGAACCAAAGUCACUGCAAUCGUUGAUCCAACGACAGAGACUGCUCAGCGACUAUCUCCUCUGCUUUUGGUUAUCCGCGAUGAAUUAAAGCUUCAGCUAGAUCUUCUUUUGGCGCCGCGUACGGAAUUAGAUGGCAACUCGGACAUUCCAAUUUCUAGUUACUACCGUUUCGUUGCGGACCCUUUGGCCUACCAGGCGCGUGACGAUAGCACGGGAUCACCCAUGGCCCUAUUUUCAAAUCUUCCAACUGAUCAAAUAUUGACCCUACGAAUGGAUGUCCCAGAACCAUGGGAUGUUCAGCAAACGCGUGCCAUCCAAGACACGGACAACCUACGUUGUGACCUACAGUCGGCAUGUGGUGAUGAUGAUCAAAUAGAUAUCGAGAUGCACGAGCAAAGGCAUGUUACGAACGUUGAGUACGGCCUCCAGCAUCUUUUGUUAUCGGGGCAAUGUUAUGAAACAAAUUUGUCGCCACCAAACGGACUCCAACUUGUUCUUUCCAAGGAAUUAAUUCUAUCUACUUCUAAAACUACUAGUGAGGUUUCGGUGGAUCCGGAGCCCGAUGAAUCGAUAAAGAUGGAACAUAGUGAUGUUGAAAUACCUCACAGAAGUCACUAUUCCGAUACACUUGUAAUGAAAACUGCUGGAUACUGGCAACUGAGAGCCAAUCCAGGAUUCUGGGAUCUAAAGAUAAAAGAAGAUUCUCGAGGAGCAGAAAUAUUUCAGAUGGUGGAAGGCGAAAUUAAACCCAGAGGUGUGCGGGUGACGAAGGCGAUCUCGGACAAUACGAAGAGACUUGUUAUUCGUGACUUUGUUGGGCGUGGUAAUUCUGACUUUCUUCUAGUGAAACGAAAACCUGGAUACGAAUUGGCAACGCUGUUUCAUGAUGACAAGAAAGGACUAUCCCAAAAUGAUGAUGACGUGGUUCAUGUAUUUUCUCUUGCUACCGGCCAUCUCUACGAAAGAUUCCUAAAGAUUAUGAUGUUAUCGGUAACGAAAAGGACAUCUGCAAAGGUGAAAUUCUGGUUAUUCGAAAACUUCUUAUCUCCCACCUUCAAGGCAACAUCUAUAGCAAUGGCGAAGAGGAUAGGAUGCGAGGUAGAGUUUGUCACAUACAAGUGGCCCGAAUGGCUUCGCGGACAAAGCGAGAAGCAAAGAAUCAUAUGGGGAUAUAAAAUUCUCUUUCUGGACGUACUAUUUCCUUUGAAUGUGAAGAAAAUAAUUUACGUUGAUGCUGAUCAGGUGAUUCGAGGAGACCUCAAGGAACUGUGGAAUAUGGACUUGAAGGGUGCACCAUACGGAUAUACGCCCAUGUGUUCGUCGAACGAAUCAACUUUGGGUUUUCAGUUCUGGAAUCAAGGCUUUUGUAAGUAAUGUUUACCCUUUUUGGAGGUCAUCAACCAACGAAUCAGUCGCCAGUGUACUUUCAUCGCAUUGUAUCUCAUUAUGCACCGUACGGGCUACUUUCUGUACAUACUUUGUUCUAUAAUGCAGGGAAAAAUCACUUACGAGGGAAGCCGUACCAUAUUUCGGCCCUCUACGUCGUUGACUUGGAGAAAUUUAGGAAGGAUCGUGUAGGAGACACGCUGCGAGCUCAGUAUCAGGCCUUGUCCGCCGACCCAGGUAGUCUAGCCAACCUUGAUCAAGACUUACCAAAUUACGUCCAAUUCCAAGUUCCAAUAUUUUCGCUUCCCCAGGAGUGGCUUUGGUGCGAAUCCUGGUGUUCAAUCGAAACAAAAGCCAAUGCAAAAACUAUCGAUCUCUGCAACAACCCACUGCACAAAGAACCGAAAGUGUCUAUGGCCAAGGUGAGAAACUUUGCUCAAAGAUAACAGUCAUGAAGCAUUUUUUUCUACGAUAGACCAAUUGGAUCUAUUUACUUUUCUCGUAACUAACUUUUGAUUCCUGCAAAACUUGCUUGUUUUGCUGUCUCCAAAUCUAACACACCAGAGAAUAAUUAGUGGGGACUUAUUUGAAGAAAGCUGGAUAGAACUUGAUGCAGAAGUAGGAAAGUAUGAGAGUGAAUAUUUCCUCGGGUCACUACCAUUGCAUCAAUAAAUGCUGUUUAGCUUGGUGAGCACAAAAAAUGGAAAUUUUGUAAAAAUUGCCAAACCAGUUGAAAUUUAUGUAAGGGAAACAAUUGAUUUGCGCGUAGUAGUAAUUGGAAAAAAAAAAUACUGUAGGUUGUGACAGGGGUCAUAAAUAGGAGGGGUGCGCAACGCGUCGAAAACUGCUGCAGAAUGAUUAGAAAAUUCAUAUUCCAUCCUCGGUACCAAUAAGAAAAAUUUCCCUAGAGA